AUGCAGGGACUUGCGUCUAGACUGCGGGGAAACCUAUCGGCUCGCUCUAUUAACCAGGCACAUGGUCUCGGCAAGUGUACGAAUACCCUCCCAAGUCGGGGUUCGGGUACUUUCAAGCUAGCAAGGGUAAUUAUCGUGGGAGCCGGCCCCUCGGGUCUACUGCUUGCGCUGCUCCUUUCUAAACAUGGGAUUCCUGUGGAAAUCCUGGAAGCCUCGCACGAGCUGGACAAGCAGCCGCGGGCCGCUAUUUAUGGUCCUCCGGCAAUCCCGGAUUUAAGGCGUGCCGGUGUGAUCGAUCAGAUACGCGAGAAGGGCAUAAGCCCGACAUCGAUGUGCUGGCGGCGCUUCGAGGACCACAGCUGGAUUACGGGCAUGGACGCCGCUGCGUUGGCUGACUACAACGGCGAGGACCUGCGCCUUGCGUGUCUAGUAUUAGACCAACUAGACCAAUUAAUGCUUGAUGAGUUCCUGUCCAAGUACAAUGGCAAGAUCAGCUGGAACCACAAGGUCACAGGAACGGGCCAGGACGAGAAGCAAGCUUGGGUCGACGUCGAGACCCCAGAGGGUACGAAAAAGAUAUAUGGCGACUACGUUAUCGGAUGUGAUGGUGCGGGAAGCCAAGUGAGGAAGUCCCUCUUUGGAGACGAGUACCCUGGUUUUACCUGGGAGAGGCAGAUCGUAGCGACAAAUGUCUACUACGACUUCACAAAGUUCGGAUUCAGAGACUCUAAUUUUAUCCUACAUCCUGAUCAUUUCUACAUGGCAGCUAAGCUUACCGAAGACGGACUCUAUAGGGUAACGUAUGGUGAAUCGCCAGGCCUAACCUGGGAGCAAAUGCGCGAGCGUCAACCGUGGAAGUAUGAGAUAAUGCUGCCGGGCCACCCAAAGCCAGACCAGUACAAACUCGUUACCGUAUCGCCGUACAAGAUGCACCAGAGAUGUGCACCCUCCUUCCGCGUAGGCCGUAUCCUAUUGGCGGCCGACGCAGCACACCUGUGUAAUCCUUGGGGUGGCAUGGGUAUUACGGGCGGAUUCGUAGACGUAGGAGGGCUAUACGAUUGUCUAGCGGGAAUUUGGGACGGCAAGGCAGAUGAGUCUAUCCUAGACUUAUACAGCGAGAAGCGCAUUGAGAAAUGGAAGACGGUGAUCGACCCCAUUUCCCAGAGCAACUUCCGCCGCGUGUCGGACAGCGAUCCGGAUACCCUUCUGGAGCGCGAUCCCGUCAUGAAGGCAUGUAAAGACGCCGAGGACGAUCUUGAGAAGCAAAAAGGGAUGUACCUAAAUUUCUUCGACAUGCGAUACGACUUUACGCAACAUUACAAGACGGCUUGA